UGCGCAUGUGCAGAGUAGCAUGUGAGCGCAGGGAGGCAAAAGCGGCUUGCUGGAAGGAUCAUGUCAAAUAUGUAAAGGUGCGAUGGAUAACGCGAUUUAUCGUCUUUGAGCGUAAGGCUGUGGAUUAGAGAUAUAAGGAUGAAGGUGGCGGUAGAAGGCUGUUGUCACGGAGAGCUGGAUAAGAUCUACGAGAGCAUCGUGUACCUGGAGAAUAAAGAAGGUGUGAAGGUGGAUUUGCUGCUGUGCUGCGGAGACUUCCAGGCUGUCAGAAAUGAAGGAGACAUGAAGUGCAUGGCGGUGCCUGUCAAGUACAGACACAUGCAAACUUUCUACAAGUACUAUUCUGGCGAGAAAAAGGCUCCUGUCCUGACUAUUUUCAUCGGCGGAAACCACGAGGCGUCGAACCAUCUGCAGGAGCUUCCUUACGGAGGCUGGGUGGCCCCCAACAUUUAUUACCUCGGUUAUGCCGGCGUCGUUCGCUUUAAAGGUGUCCGGAUUGGCGGCCUUUCGGGAAUAUUUAAGUCCCACGAUUACAAGAAAGGACACUUUGAGUUCCCGCCGUACAGCCCAGAAUCUUUGCGCAGCGUCUACCACAUAAGAAACAUUGAUGUCUUCAAACUUAAACAGCUCAAGAUGCCCAUAGACAUCUUCAUGACGCAUGAUUGGCCACGAGGCAUUUAUCACUACGGCAACACAAACCAGCUCCUCCGGCAGAAGAAGUUCCUCAGACAGGAAGUAGAGAGCAGUACGUUGGGCAGCCCAGCUGCUGCAGAGCUUCUAGACCACCUGCAGCCCACAUACUGGUUUUCGGCUCACCUGCACGUGAAGUUUGCCGCACUGAUGCAGCACGAGGCUAAGAAUAAUGCUGCCCCAAAGAUCACCAAGUUUCUCUCACUUGACAAGUGUCUUCCACACAGAGAUUUUCUUCAGAUUGUGGAGGUAGCGGACCGACCGGGCUCCUCUGAGCACCUUGAGUACGAUCCAGAAUGGCUGGCCAUCUUGAAAGCGACAGACAGCCUUCAGAAACCAUCCUGCAGUUUUUGGAACCCCCCACAAGACAACGGACUGCAUACCCGGUGGGAUUUCAGUGCAUCAGAAGAAGCUAUGAUGGAGGUCGUGAGUGAUUUGAGCGGUGACCUUUGCGUCCCUGAAAAUUUCAGCCUGACGGUGCCUGCCUACGACCCCAACCGCCGUAUAUCCAAUGCCCACCCGGUCUACUCCACCAACCCCCAAACCACAGAGUUGUGUGCCACCUUCGGCCUAACAGACAUCUACAUCCUGGCUGGACAGAGUGGGCAAGCUUAUGGAGAGGAAGGUGCCACAGGUGCAACUGAAGAAGAGGAGGACGAAGACAGCACAGGGAGCGUAGACGAACCCAGCGAGUAUCCCACCGACACCUCCGGCCUCUCCAGCUCCUACAAUCCUGAUGAAAUCACCAUUGAAGACGAAUGGGAGGAGGAAGAGGAUGAGGGAGUGGAGUGUGCUGAGGAGAAAGGGACAGACGCAGUGGUUCCGGAAGGGCAGGUAGGGAGCCAGGACAGCGACAGAGACAGCAGUCCCCAGCGAGAGAUGACUAAUAGACUGAUCUUACCACCUCCGUGUGCCGCCCCAGAAUCAGAGGCUCCACUACGCUCCUUGCAGCCGCUUUCUCUUCCCCCUCCUUCAGCGUCCCUCUCUCAGGGCAGCUCAGAAGAGGAGGGGGGCCUCACACCAGCCAGGGUCCCCAAGCGCACUAGUGGGGAGACGACACAGGGGUCAGCCUCAGCCAGUCACACGGGCGGCGCGCCUCAAAUCAAACGGAGAAACCAGAGUAUUUACACGGCUGUAGAAGAUGAAGAGAGUGAGGGCUAGGGAAAUACAAUUUUAUAUAUAUAUAUUUUUUUUUUUGAUCAGGAAACUGCUACCAAGUAUGAUCUGCCGGAUAGUUUGAGUCUGAAGAGUUAAAUAAGGUAUUAUAUUGAUUUAAUCUGCUUGGUAACUACUUUUUAAAAUAUUUUUUUAUGAGUGCGAGGAAUUAAAGAAACCUUUUUUUCAGGCAUUUUCACGUGUAUAAAGCAACACCAAGACCAUCAACUUUUAUUUUGCAUUUGUCAAUUAUUUUGUCAUUUUGAGUUUUAAUGAUGUUUCUUUCCAUUUUUUUUAUCCAAAUAUAUGACAUCACAUUCAUUAGUUUAUUUUAGUCUUAUUUUAUUAGCUUUGUGGUGAUUGACUUGGCUUUUUCAUUCUAUUGUAAAUACAUCGUUUAAAUAAUAGAAUCCUGGUGUAAUUUUGUGUAUUUUGUCUUUUUUUAUUCUUUUUUUUUUGCAAUUCCUAGAAGUAAAAAGCUAAUUUAAACCCACUACAAAUUCAGUCUUUAUCUACAUAUGUUUUGUGUUAGAAAAGUUUGAAAGAGUGUGAGAUUAAACGGUGUAAAAGUGAA